GUUCAAUGGGCUACAAUCAAGCAGAACAGAAUGACGGAUCAGAAGACUCAGCCAGAACGAGAUUUCAAGUGGAAUUGGAAUUUGUUCAGUGUCUCGGAAAUCCUUACUAUUUGAAUUUUCUAGCUCAGAGAGGAUACCUAAAAGAAAAGUCAUUCAUAAACUACCUUAAGUAUCUUCUCUACUGGAAAAGACCAGAAUAUGCAAAGUAUCUGAAGUACCCACAGUGUCUCCACUUCUUAGAACUGCUACAGUAUGAGCACUUCAGAAGAGAACUAGUCAAUCCACCUUGUGCUAAAUUCAUUGACGAACAACAAAUACUUCACUGGCAGUAUUACUCAAGAAAGAGAAUGCGAAUCAACCCAUCACAGCAAGCUCAAAAACAAGGUCAAGAUGAUUCUUCAAGAUAAAUCUGGCCAAAGGGCUUUUUGUUUAAUAUAUUGUACAGAAUGUGUAAAUAAUAUGUACAAAAUAUCCACAAAAAAUUAGACAAAAUACACACAAUUAUAAACACAUGACAGAGUAUCAAAAUAUAUAAUAUGGUGGCAAAAUA